AUGCAAGAGCUUGAUAAGGGCGUAGAACCAAAUGUAGGAGAUUAUGACAAAAGGACAGCACUUCACCUUGCUGCUUGUGAAGGAUGCACUGAAAUUGUUCUCCUACUUCUAGAGAAAGGAGCUGAUGCCAACUCAAUGGACCGUUGGGGUCGCACUCCACUUUCAGAUGCACGUAGCUUAGGUCACUUGGAAAUUUGCAAAAUCCUCAUGGCGCAUGGAGGAAUUGAUCCGCUUGGACGUGAUUCUCAGACUCCAUGUUACCAGAUUCACUAUACUGAAGUUCAAAUGCAUGGAGCAACUCUUAUCGGAGAAGGUGCGUAUGGUGAAGUUUAUAAAGUAAAAUGGCGUGGCACAGAAGUCGCUGCAAAGACAAUCCGGUCUUCCAUUGCAUCAAAUGAGAAAGUGAGGAAAGCCUUUUUGAAGGAACUUGCAUUAUGGCAAAAGUUGCGGCACCCAAAUAUAGUGCAGUUUCUUGGUGUUUUGAAGGACUCAGACCGCUUGAUAUUCCUAACGGAAUAUCUAAAAAAUGGAAGUUUGUAUGAUAUUCUAAAAAAGAAAGGAAAACUUGAUCCACUGACUGCUGUUUCUUAUGCUUUGGAUAUUGCAAGGGGUAUGAACUAUCUUCAUCACCACAAACCGCAUGCUAUAAUUCACAGAGAUUUGACCCCAAGAAAUGUGUUGCAAGAUGAAGCCGGGCGUCUCAAAGUGACAGACUUUGGAUUGAGCAAGAUUGCGCAAGAGAAAGAUAUUUAUGGCUACAAAAUGACUGGAGGAACUGGAUCAUAUCGAUACAUGGCUCCUGAGGUAUAUCGUCGAGAAUCAUAUGGCAAGAGUGUUGAUGUUUUCUCAUUUGCUUUGAUUGUUCAUGAAAUGUUUCAAGGAGGACCAUCAAAUAGAGAAGAACCACCUGAGCAUGUGGCUGAUAAACGGGCAUAUGAGGACUCAAGGCCACAUUUAUCUUCAUAUUUAUACCCGGAACAAGUGAGGAUGCUUCUAAAGAAAUGCUGGCACAAGAAUCCUGAAUCAAGGCCAAAGUUUGAAGACAUAAUAACAGAUCUCGAGGCUAUUUUGGAAGAAGAACAAAAAAAAGUGGACAUCGGGUAUUGCCAAAGCUGCAUAAUCUGUUGAGGCGAGUCGUUACCAUUUCAAGAAACGUUUUGCCUUUUUGGGCAUUUUGUAU